UAUAUUCACGCCGAGUGUUCGGAUGCCCGCGUCGAAUAUAAUGCGGUGUUUUUCAAAUAGUUUCGUUUUUUAUUUACAGCCAGUGACAGUUUAGUGGCGAGUGAUAGCUAAAUCCAUUAUAAAUAGCACGUGGAAUAAUUAAAUUUCGCAAUGGAAGCUGCAGAAGAGCUAAACAAAAAACCCAAAAGCGAUGGGAGCGAUGCGUUGGAGUCAGUCAUCAUGCAUGUGGGAGAAAUGGGAUUAUACCAGAAGUUGUUAUUUGCAAUGAUGGCGCCGUUUGGGAUAUUCUUCGCAUUUGUAUAUUUCGUUCAAAUGUUUAUUACAGCAACGCCGCAACGCCAUUGGUGUAGAGUACCAGAGCUGGAACAUCUGGAUAUGGAAGUCAGACGCAACUUGACAACACCAGUCAUUGGGGAUGAAUGGGAGAAAUGCUUGAUGUAUGACACCAAUUGGACUGAAGUUCUUAUUAAUAUGACUGCUCCUAUCACCGCCAACCUGAUUCCUUGCAGAGACGGCUUAGAAUUUGAACUUGGAGAUAUCCCAUACCAUACAGUUGUUAGUGAGCGAAGUUGGGUCUGUGAGAAAGCCAGUUAUGCACCAAUAGCCCAAGCCACCUUUUUCGCUGGUUCCACGUUCGGCGGUAUCCUCUUCGGCUGGAUAGCUGACUUCUAUGGCAGGGUGCCAGCUUUGGUUGGAGCCAAUAUAGUUGCAUUCGUUGGGAGCGUUGCUACAAUCUAUACAACUAGUUUAUGGGAUUUUAUCAUAUCACGUUUCAUCGUUGGCAUGUCAUAUGACACUAUAUUUAUGGCUAUGUAUAUUUUAGCCUUAGAGUACGUUGGCCCUCGCCACCGUACAUGGGUUGCAAAUAUUUCAAUCGCAAUUUAUUUUGGCGGGGGUUGUAUAAUGCUUCCCUGGAUAGCUUUAGCCGUUGGCGACUGGAAAAAAUUGCUCUGGUACACCAGUUUACCUUAUCUCAUAGUUGUUUUCGUGCCGUUUAUUGUACCUGAAAGUGCUAGAUGGCUUGCGUCUCGGGGCAAAGUGAACCAAGCAGUAAAAGUGUUGAAGCGAUUUGAAAAAGUUAACGGCACUACAAUUCCUCAAGAUGUAUUGGAUGAUUUUAUAGUGUCUGCAAGUCAAACUCGUCAGAACAAGCAGGAGUCCAUCAAAAGUGUUUUUAAGAGCGGCCCUCUCCGAAAGAUGAUGUUUUUAAUGGUGAUGGCAUAUAUGGCGUGUGCGAUUAUCUUUGAUGGACUCGUGCGGAUGUCAGAGGGUCUGGGAUUGGAUUUCUUUAUCACAUUUACACUAACUUCAGCGACUGAAAUACCAUCUGUUACGCUAUUAGCAUUGGUAUUAGAUCGAUGGGGAAGAAGAAAUCUUGUAUGUGGACCUUUAAUAAUAUCUGGAACAUUGUGUCUUAUUGCAGCUUUUGUACCGAGAGGUAUUCCUCAAGUGUCCCUGGCAAUAAUGGCCAGAUUCAUGAUAAAUAUGGCAUAUAAUUCUGCCAUGCAAUGGUGUACAGAGCUCCUGCCUACCGCUGUGAGAGCCUCUGGAUCCUCACUCAUACAUGUCAGUGGAUAUGUUGCCACUGUUGUGUCACCAUUCGUCGUGUUUUCUGAAAGACUAUGGCGUUCAUUACCACUCCUUAUCCUGAGUGUUAUAGCAAUGACAGCGGCUGGUUUUGGUUUUAUGCUACCAGAGACAAACGGCAGACCGAUGCCACAAACAAUAGAAGAGGGUGAAAGAAUUGUAAGGAGCUACACAAUAUGCGGAAGUACUCCAGUUGACGAGACGGAAGCAGACACUGACAAAGAAAAAUCCCUUGACACAUAGAACUUACUUAAUUCAGAUAUUCAAAGGCUUCUUCAAGGAAUCCUUGAAUUUAAAAAAAAAAACAAAGAUUGAGCAAUUUGGUUUGUUUCGCAAUUUAAGCUACUUACAAAGAAUUGUUGGCUAUUUUAAUUAUCGUAAAUUAAUUCUGUAAUCUAAAAACCUAAUUCAUAUAGAAGAGACUUAAUUAAUUAUAUUUAAAUACAUGUUUAGUGUGAACAAAACCUAUUGUCUACUAAAUAGAAUAGAGAUCGAUAUUAUAUUUAUAACUGAGAAAUGAAGUGAUUAAUUGAAGUGAGUAAUUGAUACCAAAUGAUGAACUCACUUUAACGCACAACUAACGCUAUGUACGUGUCUAAAGAUUAAAAAUGAACGGAUUCAAUAAUUAAAAAAUAAAGCGCUUUAUAUUACAAUGCACAGAAUGCAAUUGCACUAUAUUAACAGUUUAUUACUAUAAGAGAUCUCGAUAUGGUGCUAAUUCUAGUAAUUUGUCGUAGACAUUAAACAUACCGCCAUAAUAAAGCACAAAAUAAACUCAUAUUCGUACCGAUAUUUGUGAGUUACUAUUUGUUUCUUGCUGUUGACUGAAACAAGAUAAUAAUUAGUCCGAGACGAGUCAUAUUGAAAAUUGCGUCAGUCUCCUCAGUCAGUUUCCAAUCCUGAAAUAAAAUUUAAUUCCAGUGGUUGUCUGGAAGAAAUCGCUCGAAAGCGAUAAGGCCGCCAGUUGCUUUUCAUUAAAUUAUGUUUAAUUUUUUUUCUAUUAUGUUAUGCAACGAAGUGUUAAUAAAUAAAAUAAAAUAAAUAAAUAUAAUCCAAACAUAGACUGUUAACCCAUCUAGUUUACAUUGAAUUAGCACCAGUCUGUUGUGGAAUGCCUUAAUUAUAAUUAAGUGAAUAUUAAAAUAUGUUGAUGACUUUACGAAAUAAGUUUGUAAAGUAAUGACAGAGUAGAAUUAGAAAAUAAUUAAUCACGAACGCUGUUCAAAUUACGGUGCUUUUUUUAUUUAUUUGACUGAAUGUAUUUGUGACUAGGUAUAUAUUUAAGAAAACCUGAAAUUCAGUAAGAGGAAUAUUUAAAUAUGUCGUCUUUUUGCAAAAGCACUAUCAAAUUCAGAUGUAGUUUUUAAAUAUAUGGACUACUAUAAAAAUCGAUCAAAUGCAUUUCCAAGCUUAUUUAUCUUAUUAGGUCAAGUGUUUUUUCAAAUAAAACGAGAUGCUAACAAAGCAUGCGACAUUUAUUAAAAUAAUUAGAUUGUACUAAUUAUUAUAUUUAAAUCAGGAACAAUGUGACUCGAGUUAAUUUAUAUGGUACAAUAUUCAUGGUUGUACUUUGACUGUUCUUUUGUAUAAAAUAUUGUUGCCUCAUUUAAUAGUUUAUUAUUAAUUAUUACGUAAUAAACCGCCACCCACCAAAACCGAAACCAAUGCCGAUUUCUAUCUAAAUAACCUUGAUUAAAGACAUCUAAUCACUUUCGACGUUUCUUCACUUAUAUGUGGUGAUCUUGAAAUUAUUCGGUAAGGAAAUUUGAUAUCGAAAUGGCUAUUGGCAGGUUCGUGGAAGUCUUACAUCAGACCAUCUAUCACGACUAUACGCGAGAUUGUUUCAAUAUCAGUAAUAUUGAAGCAGGUGCAACCCAACGUACGGCGCGAAAGCUAUAAUUACUGAUGUUAUAUCGAUCUUGCUUAGGAUGGCUUUGAUAGUCCUGAUAGAAGAUCUAUUUGAGGAGAGAAUUUAAAACUGUCGUAACUAAAUUACUGCCAGUUGUUAUAAACUGUGAUACCUACUUUGAUAAUUGUCAAUUAUUUUAAGUAAUAAAGGUGUUUUAAGUA